GAUAAUAUGGUCUACGAUACGCGCCGUCGCAAUUAAUAUAGGAAGACCUCAUAGAAGUGUUUCUUCUAGGUGUUGAACGCUAACUGUGUGAUGUACACAUCUUCUGCUUCUACAGGUGUUUGAGGAUGUUAAACUGGAUUGUGAUAAAUUAUUUCAAUAUCUAGAAGUAAACCCAUUUGAGAACAAUACGACAUAAGCAACAUUGAGGACCACAAGAUGAGUGGACGAUCUAGCACCACAACCCUCUUCACCGCUCUCGCGGGGAGACGCGACGCAGAUUUCAAAAACGACGACGAGAAAUACGGAACCAGCGUAAGCAUUGAGCCUCACCCCUUGCUGGUUUGGCGUAGCAAGCUAGCGGAGGUUUUGGGCGGUGAUUUAGGGCCUCUGUUGUCGCCAGAAAGUCCUCACUCCCCUGACGAGGGUGUUGCUGAAGAUGUAGAAAUAUCUCCGUAUCUUCCUCAAAUUCAUGGGACGCGAUCAACAUCAUCAAGUCCGACAAGAAGUAGCCAUCUCGGAACCCGAACCACCCUCGGCGCAGAGUCAGUAGCAGACAUCUGCGACACUGCGAAACAUGACUUCGCUAAAAGCUUGCAUGAGAAAUCAGACAAAUGGUUUGGGCUGACGUCAACUAGUGGUAGUGGCGGAGCAGGGAGUCAAUACUCUGGAGGCGACAAAGAGACGAACUCAGAUUCACCCUGUCUGAUCGAAGUCGAACUGGGAUUUUCUACUGCAAACGAAGCUGCGAGGACCGAAUUGGCGAAAGUAGUGUCUUUGGUUUACGGAGUGGAUGAUGCGGCACCAGAGGAUGCGGAUGAUGAGGAUAGUGCACCGCAAGGAUCUUCGCAAAAUUUUGGUUCCUCUGGCAAGAAAGGAGGUGAUGGUAAAGGUAAAAAUGGUAAAGGUAAUGUUAAGGCUCAACUUUCAAUGGUCACCAUUUAGAUUGGAGUCACUGAGAUCGAAGAGGCGACCCCCUUCUUGAGGGAACCAACUGGGGAAAUAGACGAAGGGAAAGGGGAGAGCUUUGAAGGGGGUCUCGCCCGUUCAGAGUCAGUGACCAAUGAGUGCUGCGCUUUAAUAGUGGCAAGGCUAAUGGCAAACAGCACGCUGAUGGUAAAAAAAGUGUCAAAGGUAUGAAGGGAAAAAAGAAUGGCAAGAAAGGUAAUGGCACGGCGAACGGAAUCGAGGCAGCUGGACCCCACAGUAACUUCUGCUCAACCCGCAAACAGGUUGGGCGUAACGCGCAUCGACGUCGGAAAAUGUGGAGCUCCAACACGCAGAGAGCACAUUUUUUAGACCAACUCGAUACGGAUGCGAGUCUGCAAAGGGAGUUUGUGCAAGAGAUCUACACGUUCUUCAAAGCCUAUGGUCCAGGUAGCUCUGAUUAUUCUGCUAGUACAGCCUCUACGUCUACCGCGGACAAGAAUACGGGUGGUUCUUCUGCAGCAACGGUGGCAACACCGUAUUCCCACAUUCGCGACAGCAUCAUUGACAAAGACAUCUUGAAGUGUGAGUCUCGAUUGUCAUGGACAGUCCGUAGCGCAAAACGACAAGCUCUGUGGUACAGAGGUAGAUACAACAAGUACAGCAGAGAAGUGAGUCAAACCGUUUGGCAUUUGGGAGAUGAUAACGAUGCUCCUAUCACAGCUGCUAAGAGCAAGGAUUAUACUGUCGACUACACGAAAGAGCAAGAGGAAGGAGAACAUGAUCAAAGUGCAGAGCCGGAUUCGAAGAGAAGAAAAGUCGAUUCUCAACUACACCGAGAAAAUUCCUCGACGACGACUAAAACUGAAACCACCCUAGCUACGACAACCCCCGCGCCCGCCUCUACAACAACGAAGACCGAGUACUCUGUUGAAGAGCUCAUUGCUCUUGGUUUGCAGUCUGCUUUUGGUCCUAGUUCCAAUGCAGAUCCUUCCUCAGAUCAUUCUUCAAGCAGCAGUCCAAUCUUCAAAUUCCAUGCAGCUGGUAGAGAAGACGUCGAUGUGCGGAUGCUCGGUGCUGGUAGACCCUUCAUUCUAGAGAUCACUGAUGCUAGAAGAAGACUGGGCGAAGCGGAACUGACUGACCUGUGGAAGGAUUUCGGUGUCGGGAAAAGUAGUAGAGGUGCUUUGAAUUCAAAUUUUGCAGACGUGGAAACUUCUUCUGGAAGGCUCAAACGGCAACCACUUGUAACUACGCCACCAGUUGUAGUAGAGGGAACUAGUACAACUGCAACUGCCGCGACGAGGAGUCCGCUGGAUAUCACCCGUCUUGAUACAACAAGUGUAAACUGCCUUGGUAACGCGUCAACGGAAAAGACCACGGUAGUUCUUGAUGAAGAACACACUCUCUACACCCUAGCAGGCGCUUUAGUGCGAGUGAGACAUUUGCGACCAUGCUCGAAGGAGUAUUUUCAGCGACUGCAGAAAUCUAGUGAAGAACAUACGAAGGUCUACGGGUGCUUGAUUGAAUCAUCUGUGCCUCUGAAGGCUUCAAAAUCUUCAAAAUCUUCAGCUGCAACUGCGUCAAACUCAAGACAAAGCCAAAAAGAACAUUCAGCAUCAGCUGCAACGUCCUCAAAGAACAACUCAACAACAGCAUACCAAGAAGAAGAUGAACGUAGGAUCUUAGACUUCCUCACCCAGCGGUUGAUCAAAACGUCCUCCUUUCCCAUCCGUUUGAAGCAACAAACACCUUUUCGAGUGUUGCACCGCAGGCCAAAUCUGAUUCGAGAGAAGGAGAUUUUGGAGAUCAAAGAUGUACAGUUGGUGUUUGAUUCUGAUGAGGAAACCAAGAACCAGGUGGACACAUCCAGCAAGAACACGGCAGCGGCAACCAAAACCACAAAUAAGUUCCGCGUCAAGGUUCAUGCAUCUGCUGGUUGCUACAUCAAAGAACUCGUGAAUGGCGAUUUCGGGAGAACGAAACCAAGUUUCCGAGACUUGCUCUUUCCGGAUAGAACAGAGCCGGUGGAAUUGGAGAUGUUGGCUCUGGAUGUGGAGGAUGUAAUCGAUGAAGAAUGAGGUCGUUCUUUAGGACGUUGAGGCUGUAAUUGAUGAAGAAUGACUCAGGUCGUUUAGGACGUUGUUGAAGCUUGUGAAUGUAAUUGCACAUGAUAAUUUGCAACAUCAACAGUAGGAACGUGAUUGAAUUUGAAGUUGAACCAUUG